AGCUUUUCCACAAACUGGACGUUGCGUGGAGAGACAAGUAUUUGUGGGGCACAACCUAAGAGGGGAGUCGCUUUAUGUGAUCAACCCGUCGUUUACAAGCCAAUUAUAUGCGAAUUUGACGACGCUCACAUUUCAUUUUUUUUGUUCGCCAGUCAUCACUCUAGAUCGAUAGACGGAAUGCCCAUGUGUCCAGAUGCUGACAGACUUGGGAGGGGCUGUUUUGGAUGACACACAGUGAAAUAACAGAAAGCUAUUUCCUGAGAAUAUCAUCUACUCAACCUAGGGAUUCAGAACACAAUGACCAAACCUGACUCGAAGAGGAGCAGCAUGGCUCUUGUCACUGGCAGACCUGCCAAUGCUGCGGAGGAGCAGGUCAAUAAUGGCUCAUCUGACCCUUCAGUGUCCGGUUCUCCCCACCACGCAGUGACCCCGGCGACUCCAACCAAACACAAAUCUGCUAAACAAGUCUCCCGAGACAACCUUUCUAGACGAAACACGGAGUCUGAAGUAUUCGACGACGGAACCAACACCUUUUUCUGGAGAGCACAUACAGUCACUGUGCUUUUCAUUCUCACAUGCGUGUUGGUCUAUGUCACUCUGUUGGAGGAGACACCCCAGGAUACAACGUACAACACUAAAAGAGGGAUUGUGGCCAGCAUCCUAGUGUUCCUCUGCUUUGGAGUGACACAAGCCAAAGAUGGCCCAUUCACCAGACCACAUCCAGCAUACUGGCGCUUCUGGCUAUGUGUCUCCGUUGUCUACGAGUUAUUCCUUAUCUUUGUGCUGUUCCAGACGGUCCGUGAUGGGAGACAGUUUAUGAAGUACAUUGACCCCAAACUGGGGGUAGCCCUGCCGGAGAGGGACUAUGGCGGCAACUGCCUCAUAUACGACCCGGGGAACACCACCGACCCCUGGCAUAACAUCUGGGACAAGAUGGAUGGCUUUGUCCCCGCUCACUUUCUUGGCUGGUAUAUUAAGACACUUGUGAUCAGAGACUGGUGGAUGUGUAUGAUCAUCAGCGUGAUGUUUGAGUUCCUGGAGUACAGUCUGGAGCACCAGCUCCCCAACUUCUCUGAGUGCUGGUGGGACCAUUGGAUAAUGGAUGUGCUGGUGUGUAAUGGCCUGGGGAUCUACGCUGGGAUGAAGACCUUAGGCUGGCUGUCUAUGAAGCCCUACCAGUGGCAGGGACUGUGGAACAUCCCCACAUACAAGGGGAAGAUCAAGCGCAUGGCCUUCCAGUUCACACCCUACAGCUGGGUCAAGUUUGAGUGGAAGCCUGCCUCCAACCUACGCAGGUGGCUGGCUGUCCUGGGAAUCAUCUUCAUGUUCCUGCUGGCGGAGCUGAACACCUUCUACCUGAAGUUUGUGCUGUGGAUGCCUCCGGAGCACUACCUGGUGUUGCUUCGCCUCGUCUUCUUUGUCAACGUGGGCGGAGUGGCCAUGAGGGAGAUCUACGACUUCAUGGAUGACCCGAAGUUCUAUAGGAAGCUGGGGCAGCAGGCGUGGCUGGUGGCAGCCAUCACAGUGACCGAGUUCCUCAUCGUGGUCAAAUACGACCCCAGGACCAUCAUGCUGCCCAUCCCCUUCUUCGUCACCCAAUGCUGGUUCCUGGGCAUCGUCCUCAUCCUCAGCUGGACAUUGUGGCGCUUCUUCAUCCGUGACAUCACUCUCCGCUACAAAGACGCUCGCCGACGGAAGCAGGAGGUUACAGGGGACUGCGGCCGUCCCCAUGGCAAUGGUGGCACGGCAACCCCGUCGGGACGCAGCAAACUCAACGGCAUCUCCGAGUCACUCCGACACAGGAAGUCCUGAGAGGCGGAGCCUGCCGCUGCGCCGCUGGUAGGGGGUGGGGAAAGGGACAAAAAAAAGAGCCGCAAAGCGCUGCAGCGCCAUACACAUGUAGGUCACCUGGAUCACAAGUGUAGAGGUGUUAGGGGAGGUGUGUCUGGGGGAAGGGGGAUGUUGUUCUUGUGCCUACCUGAACAGUGUCAUAGUCAUUCCUGUGCUGGCUUUUCACUGUUAACACUAAUCACAGAACAAAACACUGAACAGGGAUUUGGGGUUGUGGUGUCAGCUAGCUAUCCCAUACUACAGGGAUUUACCUCAUGUACGUUUAUUGUGUAAUCGUGCUGGGAACUUUACGGGGACGAUUUAUUAUUCUGUUAUGUGUUGAAAUUUAAUUGGGUCAAAUAUUAUAAAAAAAUAUUUUAAUUUUUUGCAAAACUGGGAUCACAAAGGGUAUUGGGUUGGGACAGAUGAUAGAUUUUGUUUUCACCAUGGCAGAAUUAUGUUAACUUAAAUGUAAUCAGGAUGAAGCAAUGGUUGGGAGGGAGAGGAACCGAACCCCCAAGGGGCCAGCAGACAUGCUUACUUACAAGCUAAAUAACAGCCAAAGCUUUGAACUCGUCCCUGCUAAAGCAGGGUUUCCCAAACUCGGACCUGGGACCCCCCUGGGUGCAUGUUUAGUUUUUCCCACUAACACUACACAGCUGACUCAAAUGAUCACAGCUUGAUGAUGAGUUAUUUGAAUCAGCUGUGUAGUGCUAUGGCAAAAACAAAUCGGGAGGCGCACCAGGAUCGAGUUUGGGAUCCCUAUGCUAAACCAUUUGGGCUGUGCCACUCAACCUGCGCUAGGGCAAUUAAGUUUACAAAGUCCCAAUGCCGUGGAGGUCCAAUGCAAUCGUUAUAUCCUAGCAACAUGUGGUAAUGAUGGCUGUAAAAUGACAGAUGAUGGUUUUCAAACCAAAUUGGAUGCAAAGGAGGGAUGCAAAGCCGGCCAAAAAAAGCUUUAAAUACAGAAUGAACAUCUGUGCAAUUGUAAAUAUGCUUAAAGAAUGCAGGGCACGCAUAGCCACCGGAGAAAUGUUACCCACGUCUGACACCUGUUUUUAAUAGGCUCUUUAACGUCUUAGUUCAUCACACUGGCGUCAUUCAUGGGAAAUGCGUCUCAGAAUAGCCAAAAGCCAGGUAACAAUUAGUGUGGGCUUUGAAGUUGAAGUGGUAGCUACAGUAUUACAUAACCCUUUGCCCCUCACUGCACUGUUCAUCAUGGGCGAAUAUCAAGCCUAGAUGACAUGACGGGACUUCUUUUGCGUUGAAGAGUUGUCCACAUUGUGGAUGUUGGCUACAGACUUAAUCCACUUGUGUUGGUGAUCACCCUCCCAAUAAAUAAGGGAGAAGAAAAGCACAU